AUGGAUCAAGAGGCUAUGAUCGAAUUCAUUCAAAAACACAUCGUAUAUAGGUUUGGGAUUUCCGAAACCAUUACCACAGAUCAAGGUUCAGUUUUUGUGGGACAAAAUAUGCAAGAAUUUAUUGUCGAAACAGGCUUCAAGUUAGUGACUUCUACACCUUAUUACGCCCAAGAAAAUGGCCAAGUCGAUGCAUCUAACAAAGUGAUAAUUAGUUUAAUAAGAAUACACGUUGCCAAGAAACCUAAGAAUUGGCACAAGACACUAGACCAAAUUUUGGGGGCUUGUCGAACAUCCCCAAAAGAGGCGACGAAUUUGACGCCUUUCCUUUUGACAUUUGGGUACGAUGUUGGGUUACCAGCAGAUAUCUAUUUACAAUCAAUCAUGGUGCAACUCCAGAAUGAUAUCCAGUCGGAACAGUUUGGGGAAUUGAUGUUCGACGAACUGACUGAUUUAAACAAAGAGAGGUUGGCCAUAAUAGACGUAUUGAUACGACAAAAGGCAUGUAUGGUCAUAGUGUACAACAAAAGGGUUAAAACAAAAACCUUUGAAGUAAAUGAUUACGUUUAG